AUGCAUCCUUUCUGCCAACAAAAAUUUGAUUUUAUUUGGGAAUAUCUUGGAAAAAUACCAACUGUUGACGAAUAUAACAACACACUUGACCAAGUAGAAGUUACUGUUAUUACUCUACAACAAGGCAAAUACUUAACCUCUGAACAAACCCAACUCCUUACUCUAUAUUCUAAAUACUGCAGAUUUUCUUGGGGCAACGAAAAAUCUAAAUUUACUUAUAGACCCUCUUGGGACUCUGAUAUAGUUGAACAAGACUUUCCUGAAGAAACUACUUCUACAGUAUACUACUUGGAAUUUCCUAAUAUUGACAACCCUACUGGAACUAUCUAUACUCCUGCCCAAAAACAAAAACAAACUACUUUUCAUCAAUAUACUCAACACGAAUUUAAUAAUUUAAGCCUCUACAAACAAGAACUAAAUAACAGAGUUCAAUCUACUAACAGAAUAAAGGAACUUUUUAAAUUCUGA